AUGGAUUUAAAGGCUCAAAUUUUGACGUGUUUUGUAGCAAAUGAUUUGGUAACGAUAUCUGGAGGCUCGCCUGCCACUGGUAUCAAUGAGACCCAAUUUGAGAAUUUUGCUACCGUGGUUUUAUACCAUUUGAUAAAGGUUAAUAAAUACUGUCAGCAAAUGGUUAACCUUACAGAGAACGAUUUAAACUUUUACAAAACAGAGUUGUCCAAAUCUCUGUUAGCUGCUGGAACUAGUGGUACCAAUGAAGCACACCUGGAAGAAGUUAUAGAAGCGCUCAAUAUCAGUUACCAUAACCACGCCCACGACGACCAUGAACAUGAAGAUCAUGGUGAUGAGGUCUUGAUGUUUGAAGAAAAGUGUUUAGCAGCUGAUGUCAUAAUGCAUUCUGUGGGUGGUGAAAGUCCAGUAAUAGAGACAGAUCAUUUUGGUGAUGUCGCUAGUCAUAUUGUUUACCAUCUAUUCUCUCAUUCAAUGAUUGAACAUACGUGUCGGUUAUUACCAAAAAAAGAGUUUUUUCUAGAGGAGUUAUUUGAACUGUAUGCAAAAACUGGCAACAUGACGGAACAAGGCUUAAUAGAGAUCAUGGAAAAACUAAAGAUAACUGGAACCGGCCACGAAGAUGAGCACGCUGAUCAUGCCCAUGAAAGAAAGAAGAGAAGCAUACUUACAGAAGCCCUGUUAUCUAGAUCUAAACGCCAAGAAGUGCAUGAUCAUUCUGUGGAGAAGAAGUGCUACAACGUAGAUCAAUUAUUAACUAUUUUUGGACAGACAGGCGAUCUGACCAAGGCAGCCUUCACAGAAUUAUGUCCAUCUCUCAUCUAUCAACAAGUCUCAGAUUCGUGUGUCGAAGAUACACAUAGCAGUCAUGCAAGUACAACAGAUGCUGAACGUUAUGGAUAUGGUACAUUAGCUGUUGCUAUAAUAACUCUUUGUGCUGUUCUGGGUGCAGCUCUGUUCCCUUGUACCAAGGAUAAAUGUUAUAAUUACUUUAUGGCAACGUUUAUGGGAUUAGCUGUUGGUACUCUUACCAGUGAUGCUUUACUUCAUCUUCUACCAGAGGCUUUUGGAAUCCAUAAUCACGAAGGCCAUGAACACAGUAGUGACGAAAUUGAAGUAGAAAAGUUCGUUUGGUUUGCCUUUGCUGCACUUGGUGGUUUAUAUGCGUUCUUCUUAAUAGAAUCUGUAAUGUCAAUGUUUGGACACGUUCAUUCUCAUGAAUUCAAACUUAAUGAAGUUGCCCCCCAUCCAACUAAAAAUGGUGAUUUACAAUUACAAGAUAAGGAAAUGGAUGCGAUUGUAGCCUCCGGUAAAUCUAACA